AUGGCUCGAACCAAGCAAACCGCGCGCAAGUCCACUGGUGGAAAAGCACCCCGAAAACAGUUGGCUUCUAAGGCUGCUCGUAAAAGCGCACCCUCUACCGGAGGUGUAAAGAAGCCUCACAGAUACAAGCCCGGUACUGUUGCCCUCCGAGAAAUCCGUCGGUACCAAAAGUCCACCGAACUCUUGAUCCGAAAACUUCCAUUCCAACGUCUUGUUCGUGAAAUUGCGCAAGAUUUCAAAUCCGACCUACGAUUUCAGUCGUCUGCAAUCGGUGCGUUACAGGAAUCGGUUGAGGCCUACCUCGUCUCCCUCUUCGAAGACACAAACUUAUGCGCUAUCCACGCUAAGCGCGUUACAAUUCAAUCAAAAGAUAUUCAGCUUGCCCGUCGCCUUCGCGGAGAACGCUCAUAG